AGCCUCCGCCCCCCCCCCCUCUCAUUCAUUCGUGAAAAAUCAUUCAUUUUCGUGUUUUCUUCCCGAGAUGAGCUCCGAUGCUUCUCUCCGGGUUGUGGUCCGUGCUCGGCCUAUGAAUGGUCGAGAGACUAAGGAAGGCGCAAGUCGAUGUGUCCAGUUUUACGAGAACACAAAGCAGAUAGUGAUAAACGAGUCGGCAACGUUCACCUUCGAUGCGGUCUUUGCUGACACGUCGGAUCAGGAGAGCGUCUACGAGACAACUGCACUGCCCUUGUUGGAUCGAAUUUUCGCGGGUUUCAAUGCGACAGUGUUGGCUUAUGGACAAACUGGAAGUGGAAAGACCUACACCAUGGGCACUGAAGACAACGUUGGCACCGACGAAAUGCGUCGUGGAAUUAUUCCGCGUCUCGUCAGUGCGUUGUUCCAAAGAAUCAUGAACACCGAGGCUCCAGAAUCGUUUGCGGUGACCGUUUCCAUGUUCGAGGUCUACGGAGACAACGUGUACGACCUUCUUCGUCCGGACAAAGUCAAGCUGAAUGUGCACGGAGACGAGAAGAACUGCACCGUCGUGAAUCUGACGGCAGUUCCUGUUAUCGAUUUGAAGGGAGCGCUCAAGCAGCUGGCAGUCGGAUGCCACUAUCGAACAAAGGCGGAAACUGCGAUGAACGCCAUGUCCAGCAGGUCUCAUGCGGUUUUCACAGUGUUCGUGGAGAAAACUGCCACUGCAGAGUGUGAUAGCGCAUUCAGCGCGAAGCUCCAAUUGGUCGAUUUGGCUGGAUCCGAGAGGCUGAAGAAGACGGAAGCCGAAGGAAAUCGUAUGAAAGAAGGCAUCAACAUCAAUGGUGGACUUUUGAUUCUUUCCCAAGUCAUCGCAGCGUUGGCCACGAAGCAGAAGCACAUCCCAUACAGAAACUCUGUGAUCACCCGCGUCCUUCAAGAUUCUCUCGGUGGAAAUUCGUUCACAGUCUUUCUUGCCUGCAUCUCUCCCGCUGAUUCCAACUCUCAAGAGACUCUCAACACGCUUCGCUAUGCAGAUCGUGCCAAGCAGAUCAAGAACAAGCCGAUAGUCAACAAAAAUCCGAAAGCCGAGGAGAUCGCCAUCCUACAAGCUCAACUGAAGCGCCUUCAGAAAGAGAAUGCUGACCUGAAGCAAGGAAUCGCGCCGGCUGAAGUCCGCUUCAACGAUGCGAACAAUUCUGCAGAGAUUCUUUCUCUCAAGGAGGAAGUUGUUCGGAAGACUGAGCAGUUGAAGGAGCGUGCUAUGAAGCAAUCCGAGUGCAUCAUUCGAAUGAGUGCCCUGACCCAGAAGAACUCUCGCUUGGAAGAAGACAAAGCUAAACUCCAAUCAAUGCUCACAGACGUCCGUAACACCGUCCUGAAUGAGGAGAUGCUUGAUGCAGCUGAAGUGGUUCGAUCCAUUCAACAAGUGGUUGGAGAUACCGAAGAAUCGACGACUCUCGCCGACGAUGACAACGAUGAAACGGCACUUGGUGGACAAGAUGACACAAUCUACGAUACCGAACGACUUCCCGAGUUGCAAGCCGAGUUGGAUGACUUGGAGAAGCAGAUCGCGAUGAAGGACGAGAACAGGCAAAAGGCACUGGAUGAGCAGCGAGCAUUCAUAGAGGCUAUGCAGCAAAGGGAGUCUGAAAAGACGCAACUUGUCGUUAGAAUCAGUGAGCUUGAGACGGAGAUGAACAAGCUUCGUCAGGAAGGCAAGAAAGUCACAACAGCGGCAAAACUUGCUGAAGAACGUCGUCAGAAGCUGAAAGAUUUGGAGCGGCAGCAUGCGGAGGACAAGAAGGUUCUCAACGACAUGAAGAAACUUCAAGAGACGCGUCGUCGCAUGGAGGAGACGCUGAAAAAGACGGAAGACGAGCUGAAGAAUCUCAAAACUCAAAGGCUUCGUCUUCUUCGUGAACAACGUGCCGAAGCAAGCAAGUUCCAAGCGUUCAAGCAGAAACACGAACGAGAAAUGGCUCAAAUGAAGUCGAAACUUCAGAAGAGAGAAAACGACGUUGCCAUCCAGAAGAGAAUGACCGAUCAGAAGUUGACUGUGCUUCAGAUGAGACUCACAGAAGCCAACCGUGCCAACAAGACACUUCGUGAGCUGAAUCUCAAACGAGCCAAUCGGAAAAGUUCGCCAACAAAUGCAUCGGCUCUUCAGAAUAUGAUCGAAGAGGAACUGGAACAUGAGAUGUGUGCUCAGCGUUCCCACUGGCUGUGUGAAGAUCUCCGACGUCAGAGACAUGAUCUAAUGCAAAAUAUCAAUACAGUCGAGUCGAUGAAAUUUGAGGGCGGAAAGAGGAGACGUAUAUCUGCGAGCGCCGACCCCAACGUUUCCGUAGUCAUUGAAGGAGAGGAAGAGUUCGAAGUGAAACGGCAAAAGGAGCUGACUUUCCUACGUGCUUCGCUGGAAACACUGAACGAAGAGAUCAAGGAUUCGUUGAGAAACGAAACGAUCGCUGGGAACGAGGAGAGAGCGAAUAGUCGUUGGGAGAAGGUUCCGGCCGAGAUGCGACCAGCAUUCGAAGCUGUCUAUGCUCAGGCAGUUGCUCACAUCCGAAAAGAGAUCGAACUCGAAUUCAAGUUGGCGCGAACAAAGUCCGAGUUCACGGCGAAAAUUGCUUCGAAAGCCAGCCACGAGGAGAAGAGAAAGAAGGAGGAUGAGGAGAUGAGAGCAAAAUACAGAGAGUUGGCUCAAUGUCUGGAAGAUGCCAAGUCUGGAUUGCAUGAAAAGAUCGCUUUCCUCCUGUGCUUGAUCAAGGAAAAUCGGGUCGAUGAGAAUGCGAUUCAACAAUUCGAAUCCCUGAAAAACCAAUUCUGCGAUGUGGAGCAGAAGGUCAAAAAAGCGUCGAGACGUAAAACGACAAACUUCAUGGGAGGAUUGACACCAAAACCGGAGCUCCAGAGGAAUGAACGUGCUCGUCGUGCUGUCAAGUACUAUGGAAACGUCGUUAACUCGGAGGAUGUGACCAUGGAUGACUCGAGACACCAAAAGCGCAAAGAUCACUCCCUGUUGGCUGUUGAGAUGAAUCGGACAACUGAUGACAAUGUCAAAAGACGAGUGGCGAUGUCUCCAAUCAAAUGUGACGAUGAUACCCGUCUAACAGAAGAAGAUGAAGACAUUGAAAACGAGGCAAUGAACAAUGCCACCUUCGUCAAAGAUUCGUUCAAUUCUGCCACUAUUGUGUUGGACGAUUCGCAACCGUCUCCUUCCAACUCAACAUUCGUGAUCGGUGCAGCUCCAACGUCGGAAGCAGACGGUGUUCCUCCCAUCAAGCGAAAGAGUCGUCGAACGGAUCUUGGACCGCUCUAAAUUCCAAGUUUUGUGUGUGAAAAAUAUUUAACACACCAAUGCCUCCUCCUGUCAACUAAUGAUUAAUUAACUUUUACUGUGAAUAAUAGUAUUCGGGUACUAAAUUGUGUCGUUUGACCCCCCAUUCUGUCUUAAAUAGAUGAUUUUAAAUUAAGUAAACCUAUUAGGCAUUUUUCUUAUCCAUUUUUUCUCAAAAUGCUUCAAUAAAAUUGAAAGUUUACACACUUUAAUGUCUUCGUUUGGUUUUGCGUACAGCUUUUAGAACGUUCAGUAAUUUAUUGGGGAAAUAAAUUGAAAAAUUAAU